UGACCUGCACGGUCACAAAAAGGAGUACAUAUUAUGACUACGGACUUAUAUUGUUCCGGCGAAUGCCAAGCCUCUAAGAUAGUACUGCUGCUUCGGCGUCGUAGUUAAAGGAUGCUUAGAGCGCCUACUCCUGGAACUUUGCGGCAUUCUCCUGGAGGUGCCGCCAUGUGGUCCAUUGAGAAGCAUUAGUCAGAAUCCCCCUUUGCGGCAUCCUUCGAAUCAGAUAAGAUGGAGGAGGCAGAAGCCACACACUUCCUGGAAUCCCUUCUUGGAAAGACGUUGCAUGUGACUGUGCCAGAUGAACGACUUUUCACAGGUACUUUCCGGUGUACGGAUAAUGAUAGUAAUAUCAUUCUUUCGAAUGCCUUUGAAUAUCGGACGCCAUCAAAACAUGCUGAAAAAGUCGCCGUUGAGGAAGCAAGGGAAACCGGAAACGCAAGCCGAGCUGACAUGACUUCGAGAUUCGUGGGACUCAUUGUCAUCCCAGGCAAGCAGAUUGCGAAGAUGGAGGUUGAGGAAAGACGGGAGUGGUCUGGUGGACAGUCUCUCUCACUCAGGACGAAAUGAUGAAAAGCUUCCAGCUUCCAAUGUAGGACCCAAAGCACUGGCUUCUCUAGGUGCAAGAAGAAGUCCCAGUUGGUCGACAUGGCGUCUACCAUAUCACGAUGAUAUAAGGCGGGCGUGUACACGAGACACGAGGUACACUACUCCGCUAAGUCCUCGGUCCGGAUAGCCAUUAUUUGGUUGGCGAGGGAAGGAAGAGGAGAGAGGAGAGCCGUUGCAGUGUUCCAGGUGCCGGUGGUUGCCUCAAGUUUGGCGCCAAGGAAAUCUAGGCGGCAUGCUCGAUGCCGUUUGGACCGCUUGGGUCGCUUGGGAAUGACAAAGGUCGCCCGCCCCGGAAUCAGCAAGUUAGGGUGAUGGGGAAGGGCAGGGCAGGCCAGGCUCUCAGGCUUAUUUAGUGAAUGUUAGCAAAGGACAGAAAGCAUCGACCACAAAACACCGCUUUU